AUGAAAAAUCGAUGGUUUAUCGGUGACACCCGUGGCAACGGAAUUAUUGGGGAAGAUAUAACUUUUAAUAAAGGGCUAUUAAAAAAUGCUCCUCUUUUUUUAAAAGAAGUUGCUAAUUGUGAAGUGCGGGGGGAAGUUUACAUGAAAAAAGAAGAGUUUUUGCGCCUGAAUGAAGAAUUAAAAAAAUCCGGUCAUAAAUUAUUAGCCAAUCCUCGUAAUGCCGCAGCUGGCA